AGAGUUGAACACUUGAAGGAAAUUCAAGAUAAAGAUACUUUUUGAAAUUCCCGAAUUUUAUAGAAAUUCUCGGUUUAUGCGUGGAAAAACGUCUCUGUCAAUUUGUUUUAACCCAAUUUGUUUUUGAGUGAACAUUGUGCCUUUGGGUCCUGUUUAGAGUCGUUUUUUUUGGGAAAAAAACGUGAUAAAAGUGACAAAAUUGUCUUAAAAAAUGUUUAAUAUUUUUAAAUUUUACGAAUUCAUCUGUUCCAUCUAUAAAAAGAAAGUUAGGGGGUAGAUUCUGAUAAAAAUCUUUUCUUUUUCAACACCUUAAAAGUUGUAAGAUUUUGACAGAUGGAAUUUUCAAAUCGUUCUGUUGUCGUUCUAUAAAAAAAAACCCAAAGAAUUAGCUGUUCCAGAAAACAGUCAGAAAGAACUUUAAAAAACUCUGGGGAAGUAAUUUUCUUUCAGAAUCCCAUAAAAGACACAAAUUAAGGAGUAAAAACUUCCAAAGUAUUAAAUUCAAGCUUGAAAAAUACUGAAAUAAAGCAAAAAAAAGUUAUUCGCAUUUUAGUCCUAAAGAGGAAGAUUCAAAUCGAAAAAAAAUUUUUCAGUCUUCAGUCUUAAAAAGGUUAAGAUUGAAGAAAACAAGCUUUGAUAAAGUUCUAAAUUCAAGAUUUAAAGUACUAAAUUCAAGCUGAAAAUUUGAUAUUGGUUCUACUUAGUACUAAAAAGGUUGAGAUUGAAGACAAAAAGCUUUAAAAAGUUCUUUAUCGAAACCUAAACAGUAUACUCAAUUCAACCCUAAAAUGUACUUAAUUGAAUCUUUCAAAAUAAUAAAUUAAAACCUAAAAUAUAGUUACUAAAUUUAAAUCUGAAAGUGCUUAUGCAACCCAAUAAGUUUUCCAGAUUUUCAUUUCAAAAAAGUUUCAAAAUGAAAAGAAAAACUUUAAAAAGUUACCAAAAAUCUUGUAAAUGUAUUGUAAGGAAAAAAAAGAAAAGAAAAAAGUAUCUACCCCCUCUAGGGCUUUGUAUUUUACAGAUUUGGAAUCGAGAGUUAAAUCCCCUAAACCAAAUUCAUUUUAAUUUUUUCAUUAUCGUUCAAUACAAAACAUUAUUUUUCUAACAAGAAAAGAAGAAAAUCGUGAUACUCGUGAUGCAUUUUUCCUUUUUUUUUCAUCAAUUUUUAUUACUUUGUCGAGAAAAUAUCAUAAAAAUAGAUCUUUAUAAAAAGUUCUAUUCCGCGAAGAAGUUGCAUUAUUGCAAUUUUGUCCCCAGAAAUUGCAGUACAAUUGCAGGUCAAAGUGAAAAUGAAAGUUCUACUCUUGUUCUUUGUGUGCUUAAUUGCAAUAAUAUCAAAAUCCUUGUGCAAUGACGUGGUGGUGACGUGUAAAAAUGGAUCGAUUAAAGGAAAAAUUGUUUAUGGAAAUGAGAAAGCAUUUGAAGCAUUCCUUGGGGUUCCAUAUGCUGAACCACCUGUUGGAGCACUUAGAUUCCGCAGUCCUGUACCUUGCUCUCCGUGGUCACACGUCUACGAUGCCACGUACUCAAGAGAUGAGUGUCUGCAGAAGAACUUCUACACACCUAUACCUUCCAUCACGGGCAGUGAGGAUUGUCUCUAUUUGAAUAUAUAUCGCCCAUCAAAGUGUCAUGACCGUGAAAAAUUGCCAGUUAUUGUAAUUUUUAGUCCAUAUGCUAUGAGUAUUAGUAGUCUGGAGUCUUUUGCUCCGGAUUACUUUAUGGAUACUGGGAAGGUGAUCAUAGUGGUUGUGCAGAGUCGAUUGGGAGUUUUUGGCUACUUGAGCUCUGGCGAUAGACACUGUUCUGGGAAUUGGGGUCUCAAAGAUCAGAAACUUGCUCUCGAAUGGGUACAUGAGAACAUCGGUGCAUUUCAAGGCGACAACAGCUGCGUUACUAUCAUGGGUGUAGGAUCAGGAGCAGCUUCUUGUCAAUAUCAUUGGCUAAAUCCUGAAACUUCGAAACUGUUCCAGAAAGUUAUCCUCAAGAGUGGAAGUUUGUAUGCACCUUGGGCAAUUCUGGAGGAACCUCAGAAGCAAUUUAAAUAUCAUGCUGAAUUAAUUGGUUUGCGCAAUCCAUUGGAACAAUUUAAUUAUGAUAUUAUUGAAAAAUUACGAGCUGUUGAUGCCAAAGUUCUCCUAGAGGCACAAAAUGGUUUUAAUUUUUGGGAUCUCGAUGAAUUUAUCUACUAUCGCCCAGUCGUUGAAGGUAACUACGGUGGAGCCUACAUCACAGAAGAUCCAAGAAAUGCCUGGAGCGCUGGUCACUUUGACCCUAAGCCAUUGUAUGUUACUUUUACGCACAGCGAUGGAAAUGUACGAUCACGGAUUCUUCUUGAUGGAAAUAAAAGGAAACUUUUCAAUGAAAAUAUUGAUAAAUAUCUCGUUGAAACACUUGAUUUCAACCCCGAAUACCUUUCUGAUGUGAAAAAAUACUUCUUUGGCGGUCAAAAUUGUCAAAUAACCGAUGAAAAUAUCUUUAAAUUCAUUGAGAUCCUUUCAUCGAGGCUCGUACAGCAAUCAAUCUACAACACUGUUAGGACUUUUGUCCAUUAUGUGGAUACAACAAAGUAUCCCCUAUCAAUUGAUAAAUUCAACUUAAAUGGACCACUGCAUUGGAGUAAAAUGUUCACAGGCACAGAUAUGAAUCUCAAUCCUGGUCUGGGCGAUGAUCUCAUUUAUCUCUUCCGUUUCCCGACACUUUUUUGUGAUUUCUACAAAAACUCACUCAGCUACCAAGUUAAGGACUUUUAUGUAAAUAGUCAUGUUGAUUUUGCAAUUACUGGAACUGCUACUGCCUUUUCAUACCUGGAUCCAUGCUGUGAUGAAUACGUCAGCAAGCAUGGCUUCUGCAAAUAUCAAAUCUACGGGCAUAAGACGGAAUAUGUCAAUGGAGUUCUUCAAAAUCAAUUUAUUGUGGAUACAACGAAUAUCUUUGAUAAUGGUGAAGCUGCUUUUUGGAAUAGCGUUGAUUAUGGAUUUUAAGGGGAAAUAAUGUUGUUAAAAGAAAAUUAAUAAAAAUAAUUAUACAAUCGCCGUUAAAA